AUGUCAAAAGACGACGAAGUUCGUAAUGUACAAAACCGUCGACGAAAUAUUUUAUUUUUGGUGCAGCGUUAUCUCCAGGAUACGGGUCUGUAUGGUACGGCAGCCGCCUUGGCCACGGAGGCAUCUCGACUGCUGAGUGAAGAUUUCGAAUUGUGUGAUAAUAUCGAUUUGGAUGGCAUCUAUUUGGAAUAUGCCAGCUAUUAUCAGCUGAAAUUUGGCAAAUAUCCAAAAAUUGUAAAGCGAGCCAGGCCGGGUGUGAAGGUGGAGGUUAGUUCGAAGGCGAGAAAGAAAAAUGGCAGAGGUAAUGUGGCAACAGACAACAAGGAAGGUAGGCAGGAACAACAAGAGACACUGACAGGGAAAGGGGUGGUAAAUCCUCCUCCAAGUUUCGAUGUGAAUGACCUGCAGAUUGUGGUAAAGAAAAUGGAAACUGCGGCACAGAUGUCGAAGGGGGAUAUGAGUCCGGCAGAUAGUGAUACCUUGGAAAGAAAUGGUGGCGCAGGAGGAGGAGAUUCUGCCCUAAACAGGUUACAAGAAAUUCAACACCAUCCACAAAAUUCCAACCCAGGAGGUGAUUUACUUCUAAGCUGCCAGGAGUGGCAAAAUUUGGCCGAACUGGUCAAGUCCACAAUUCUCACGGAAACUACAAAAUUAAAAUGGUCGGAUAUUUGUGGCAACUCCCAGGCCAUGGAAACCAUAAAAGAGGCCGUUGUAACACCACUCAAAUAUCCACAACUUUUCUCGAACGGCCUAAAACCUUGGCGUUCAGUGUUGUUACAUGGCCCACCCGGUAGCGGUAAAACCCUACUCGCCAAAGUGUUAUAUUCCGAAACGCAAGGCCAGGUGACUUUUUUCAACAUCACCUCCAGUGUGGUCAUAUCGAAGUGGAGGGGAGAGUCUGAAAAAUUACUAAAAAUUCUAUUUUACUUGGCCCAGAGGCAUGCCCCCUCAAUUAUAUUCUUCGAUGAAAUUGAGGGCCUCACUUCGAAGCGAGAUCGCAGCACGGAUCACGAAUCUUCGAAGAGAUUUAAAAAUGAAUUACUUCAGCUAAUGGAUGGCAUGGAAAAUUCCACCCAACAGGGUAGCGGUGUGUUCAUAUUGGCCAGCACCAAUCUGCCAUGGGAGAUAGAUGAGGCUUUCCUAAGGCGUUUCGAAAAGAAACUGCUCGUUCAGUUGCCCAAUGAAAUGGAACGUCGGAAUUUAAUUGCGAAAUUAAUACCACCCAAUGUGAGAUUGGUGGCGGAUCAAAUGACAACGUUGGUAAAAUUGUCGCAUAAUUUUACAGGUGAUGAGAUACGCCUGGCCUGCAAAGAAAUUGCCAUGCAGACGGUGAGAAGGUUGACAAAGGCCACUUUGAAGGGUGAUGAACCAUCAUUGGAGGAUGUACCGGUGGAAAAUGCUUUCAAACUAAUUAAACCUUUGAGUUUGCUGCUGAUGGACAAGCACAGCAAAUGGCAAAAGGAACAUGGGUCGUAGG